AUGCAUCUCGGUUGGAUUGAUUACGGAGUACUGGUCUUACUUUUAAGUUUGUCGGUGUGCAUUGGCGUUUACCAAGGAUGUUUUCGGUCCAAACAAUUGACAACACACGAAUUUUUAAUUGCUGAUGGAAAUUUUACCAACCGCGAUGAGUUUAUUAGCAAGUCUUAUAAAUUUAUUCAUAUGGAACCAUGUACCUCUACUGGGGCAAGUCGAUCAAGGCCAAAAAACAAGCAUGUUCAUUGUUGUUCUUAUAUAGUCUUUGCCUAUUUCGUUGGAACGUAUCUAACUGCGAAUUUAUUCAUUCCGUUAUUUCGUCAAAUAGGAAAUUUAAGUAUCUAUGCAUAUCUUGAACAUCGUUUCUCUUUAACAAUCCGCAUUGUAGUCACUCUGACGUAUAUAUUUGUUACCAUAUUCUACAUAGCUAUCGUCUUAUACGGGCCAAGUUUAGCAUUGAGUCAGGUAACUGGUUUACAUAUUUGGCUAGCAGUCGGCUCAUGUGGAUUGAUUUGCACGAUAUAUACAAGUAUUGGCGGAAUGAAAGCCGUUAUAUGGACCGAUGUUACUCAGACAAUUAUGAUGUUUCUUGGUGUCAUUUUAUCGAUGAUUAUUGGUUUUCGCAAUAGUGGAGGAAUUAGUAAUGUAUUUAAGACUGUAGCUGACGGCAAUCGAAUACAAUUAUCAACAAUAUCAAUUGAUCCAUCUAUUCGAUAUACUAUCUGGAGCAUUAUUAUUGGCGGCAGUUUAAAUGCCACCGCUGUGUACUCAUGUUUACAAACACAAGCACAACGUUAUCUUUGUGUGAAAAGCACACGAGCAGCACAAAAAGUAGCAUGGGUUAAUUUGGUCAUGUGCAUAAUAAUGAUGUUACUGUGUGUAUCAGUAGGAUGUCUUCUGUAUGCGAAGUACAGUGAAUGUGAUCCUCUUCGAGCAAGAUUGAUUUCAAAGCCUGAUCAAUUGUAUCCGUUAUUUGUAAUUGAAACUCUGGGUCGAUUUCCUGGUUUGACUGGUUUGUUUAUCGCAUCGGUAUUGAGCGCUUCAUUGAGUACAAUAUCCAGUGGAGUGAAUAGCGUCGUUACAGUGUUUCUAGAAGAUAUUUAUAAACGUGUGGUAAAAACAAAUCCUAUGUCUGAUCGAAAACAAGCAUUGGUUUCGAAACUAUUGUCACUUUUUAUCGGUUUGCUCAUAGUCUUCCUCGCAUUUGCUGCGUCUCGUUUAGGUGAUAAUAUUAUCGUGAUAGUUUUUCAAAUUUCGGGCUCGUUCGCAGCACCAAUCUUGGGCGUUUUCCUCGUCGGAUUAUUUCUACCACGAGUGAAAAGUCGAAGUGUGUUGAUUGCUUUUGUUUGCUGUUUAAUUUUCCAGGCCUGGGUGCUUCUCGGUGCAACUCUAACUGUUAAACCACGAGUAGGAGAAGGUGGCCGAUUGCCAAUAUCCGUUGACAAAUGUGUGUCAAAGAUCAAUAUUAGCCAAUCAAUGGCAACAGAACAAAGCCCAAAUAUUUUCACGCCACUCUACUCGAUCUCUGUUAUGUGGUAUUCGUUCAAUGGCGUAAUUAUUGUUAUUCUCCUAGGUUUAUUAGGAUCGUUCGUUUUCGAUGCCAAGGAUACGAAGAUAGUAGACAAAUCGUUAUUGAGAUCGUGGAACGAUUUAUUUGUCUGUUUCCGGAAAGAUGAAGAAUUGACAACAUUGCAAGCAAAUGAAAUCGAAAUGGACACUAUAGAAAAAGAGCCAAUGUUCUAG